AUGGUAAACACGCGAAAACAUUUGAAUAGUGAUUUACUACCACAAUUAUACACCGAUGGGAUCAGUGUCACUAAUCCUCGGGGUCCUAAAAAAGAUGCACAUAAAUUAACAGUGGUGUAUUAUAUCUUAGAAGAUAUUCCAGACACUUAUCGAAGUAAAUUAUCGUCCGUCAUGUUAUUAGCCAUUACAAACACUAACUAUUUAAACACAGAUGUUAAGCGUAAAAAGUUUUAUGUACCGAUUAUUGAUGAAUUGAAUAAGUUACAGUCUAAUGGACUUUAUAUUCAUUCACUCGACACUGGAGUAUCUUCUAAAUUCACUACAAUGUGCACUGACAAUUUGGCGGCACAUGAAGUCGGCGACUUUCAAAUGAACUUUAAUGCCAAUUUUUUUGUCGCCGUUGCUAUAUUUCAUUCAUAA